GGUAGCAUGGCCGUGAGCGCGGCGGCCGCCCCCGCCGCCGAGCCGCUGCCCCGCAGCAUCUUCAAGAAGUUCCUGGUGAUGCUCUGCUCCCUCCUCAUGUCCCUCUACGUCUUCUACUGCCUGGCCGACCGCUGCCAGACGCUGCCCGGACCCAUCAUCGCCGCCGGCGCCGCAUCCGAGGAGGACGAGGGCGGCGGAGGAGAGUUCCUGGGCGGCUCGGCCGAGCUGCCCCCCUGGCAGGCGGCGGCGGCGCGGCGCAAGCGGCUCCUGCAGCGGCUCAAGCAGCGGCGGCGGCGGCAGGAGGCGGCGCCGGGCGCGGAGCCGCCGGCCGGGGGCGGUGGGAGCCGGGCCGGCGGCUCGGGCGGAGGGGGCACGCUGGCUCUGCUGCUGGGCGAGGGCAGCAAGAGGCUUCCGCAAGCCAUCAUCAUCGGCGUGAAGAAGGGGGGGACGCGGGCGCUGCUGGAGUUCCUGCGGGUGCACCCCGACGUGCGCGCCGUCGGAGCCGAGCCCCACUUCUUCGACCGCAACUACGAGCGGGGACUCGCCUGGUACAGGGAGCUGAUGCCCAGGACACUGGAGGGGCAGAUCACCAUGGAGAAGACCCCCAGCUACUUCGUCACCAAGGAGGCCCCAGCCCGCAUCUCCUCCAUGUCCAAGGGCACCAAGCUCAUCGUGGUGGUGCGGGACCCCGUGACCAGAGCCAUCUCGGACUACACCCAGACGCUCUCCAAGAAGCCUGACAUCCCCACCUUUGAGAGCCUGACCUUCAAAAACAGGACUACGGGCCUGAUCGACACCUCGUGGAGCGCCAUCCAGAUUGGCAUCUACGCCAAGCACCUGGAGAACUGGCUGCUCUACUUCCCCAUCGGGCAGAUCCUCUUUGUCAGCGGGGAGAGGCUGAUCAGCGAUCCCGCGGGGGAGCUGGGCAGGGUCCAGGACUUUCUGGGCCUCAAGAGGAUCAUCACGGACAAACACUUCUACUUCAACAAGACCAAGGGCUUCCCGUGCCUGAAGAAGGCGGAGGGCAGCAGCAAACCCCAUUGCCUGGGGAAGACAAAAGGCAGGACCCACCCUGAGAUCGACCAGGAGGUGGUGCAGAGGCUGCGGGACUUCUACCGGCCCUUCAACAUGAAGUUCUACCAGAUGACAGGGCAGGACUUCGGCUGGGACUGAGGCUGAAAGAAAUAAUUUAAGAAAAGGAAAAUAUAAUAUAAUAUAUAUAUUUUUUUUACCUAUCAGUAGAGAGGGGGGGAAAUACGGAAGGAAAAAAAAAAAAAUAAUAGCUGUGCUGAAACAUGAUUUGCUCUGAUUUGUUUGUUUGUUUGAUUUCUUUUUUCACACUGCUUUGUUUCUUUUCUCCUCUCAAAGAAGAGGUGCUGUGGACAUCCCGAAAAGGAGGCUGUGAACAGUGGUCUGGUCCUAUUGAUGUGAGCAGCUUCCCUCAAUGGGCCCAGGGUUUAGCACUGCCUCUGUAAAAAAAAAACACAGGUGCAAAGCUUUUAGAAGUGACAAGGGUGCUUGGGGUAGCUCAGAGUCUUCCUGAAAGUUCAGCCAGGUUUUGGCUUGCGAGUGCCAUUUUGGCCAGACCUCACCACUUCUGACAAUAAAACAAAGGUGGCUUAAUACCUAAUUUGGCUUUCCAAACGUUACCUUAGGGGAUUUUUUUAUUGCAUGAAACAUUUGGUGAAUUUUGCUUCCACUUAUCCAAUUUUUUGUUUUACUUUUCCCCCCCUUAAAUCAAGCUCUUUUCAUCAGCCAAAGUUAUUUUUCCUCUUGAGGAAGCCAAAACCAAUAAUCCUUUGUUUUGUUUUGAGACAAAAUAAUUUUGGUAGCCAAAAGUGAAAGAGCAUUAAUGAUUCUUUUGACUCCGUAAUGAAAAUUGCCAGGCAGUCAAAAGGCCUCAUUCACGGGAGCUGGCUCUAAACCAGUGUUCUCUCUUGCAUCCCUUUUGCUACUCUGACAGCAAA